CAAAUAGGCGAUUUGAGUACUGCAGUUGGUAAUGUCUCAACUAAACAGGACAUCAUGGCUGUGAAAAUAUCCGAUAACGAAUAUGAUGUGAUUUCUGUGAUUAUCUAUUUAUUUUUUCUACAUAGAUAGAAAAUAGUCGUAACUUAGGAUUUCGCACAAAAUUGCUUCAGUCCAGGUUUUCAUACUUCGUAACAGCACAACAAGUCAUUUCAUCUGAAGUACUAGAUUCCAGUGAAAUCGAAUUUUCAACCGGUACGGUUCACGUUACUAGCUCUUCGGUUUACUGUACGUCAAUUAAACUACUAGUAAAUAAAAUCUGUUAUCAUAAAUUUGUUUUAAGUUAUGUUUCCUUCGACUUCUUUUGAAAGUUUUGAUUCUUAAAAUCGUCAUAAUUUAUGUAAAUAUUGCAAUUUUGCUUUACCAUAUUAUUUCUCUAGCCUUUAACUUUGAAGUUUAGUUCAGAAAUUACUAGCGGUGUGAGGUCUUCCUUUCUCAUUUUUUGCAAAUAACAAGUACAAUUUGACAUGGCAUUAUUAUCCUGGAGUUGAUCUACAUUAUUUUUUAAAAAAUAAGGUUUAUCACCAAACGCACUUUUGUCCUUUCGUUUCACAUGUGUGAAUGAAGUUGUUAAGAAUUUAUUAGCAGAGAUUGUGACCUAUACCUAAAUAAGAGGAAAAAAUUUAACUGACUUUGAAUGUGUAAGGAUGGUUUUAAAGGUGCAGUUUCUGUUUUAUAACCUAGAGAGUCAAUCGCUAGUUUGGGAUUUAUAAUGAUUCGUGGUUGUGUCUCAGUGAUAGACUAUGUUAGUGGAAUUUAGAUUGGAUUAAAGCACGUUCCGUGAAGGACACUCUGAUUGGCUAUUUCUUAAGCAAUCCGCGUUAACGGAUACUUGGAGAAGACUAGAAUCUUCUCACGUAAAAGCUAUAAAUAUACUGGCUUUUUUCUUAUUGUAAUCCUUACACUUCCAUCUAUCCUUGUCAUCUGGAAUAUAAUUUCUUUCUUGUUCAAUCGUAUUCUGAUUUGAGGACUUGUCGAGUGAAUCGGUGUCCAAAAAUACUAAGUAAUAGGAAUAGCUGGGUCGUAAUAAAGGGAAUAGAUUCAUCGAAGGUUUUAUUUUUGAUCAGUUCACAAUAGGCAUGUGUGGGACUUACCAUUAAUUUUCUUUGACCUCCUGAUAUUUAACCAUGUGAUAAUCAUGAAUUACUUUGGUAUGUACAGGAGAUAUCACUGUUUAGUUGAUUGUGUGAAUUUUCAUUAACUUUCAUAUUUACAUAAAUUUAAUUACCAAUGAGUAGCAGUUUUACUGGUCAUAUAAAUUUUGUUACUAUUACAACAAAUUAUUUUCACAUUCAUCCUUUCAUCUAUAUAAUUCAGUUUAAUUGUAAUCGUUAUCAAGAAUUUUGCCUAAAAUUUUCCUUAGUCAGAUAAUGUGUCUCCUGGUAUAACAAUAGCUCUCACUCGGAAUCUCCAUAUUCGUGUUCAUUCAACUGAAUUAAAUUGCUGUUUAAAGCAAUCAGCUUGGUGUUUCUCAUCGAGUGGCUUUUAUCAGUUUGGUCAAGAAGAAAUUGUAAUUCUGUUACGUAGACGUUUUGAUGAAAAACUACCACCCAUGGAGAUAUUUUAUCAAUACUGGCUUAUAUAUCAAGCUUUAGUGAAUUAUGCUGAGAAACAAGUUAAAAGUGAUGUUAAUUUUGAAUCAUUCAACUCUCAAACGUAUAAUAGACCGUUCGGUUCAGCACCAUUUCGUUCACAUGAUUGUUUCUUUGAAAAACUUUACUUUGCAAAUGAUCGUUGUUCUAGUUCACCCUGUACUGACUCAGAUAUGACGAAUGGUUACUAUUGGCUUAAUUCCAGAUCUUUAACAAGUAGUAAUUAUGGAAGUAGCAAUCCAUAUGGAUUCGUAUUUUUCCAUCCAACUCACCAAUGUUUAUUAGGCCUACAUCUACCAAAUCCACCGUUCUUAAUCGCUCUACUAGUGCAUAUACAAGAAGCACCUUGGGCAUAUCAUCUACCGAGUAGAAUUUUAUUGAAUCUAGGCAAAAUGUCACAUUAUUAUCCAACUACUUUGUUAUCCGACCGUGAUCGCAAGAUUUUAUUUGAUUGUAAACUAGACGGAGAAAGCUUCUUACAAUUAUUCACUAAUAUAAAACCAUUUAUCUAUCCAGAUUUCAUGACAUUUACACCUAAACAAAGAUGUAUUCCAUUACCAGAAUUAUUAUUUCAUAUAAAUGGAUUCUAUGCACAUUUGAAUGUAGUUAAAAGUGAAUCGGAUACGAAUACUACUACACAUAAUGAUGGUGUCGAAGAUGUAAUUGUGGAGCUUCUAAUACCCAUGUCUUCAUGUGCUUCUGUGGCUAGGUUUCUAGACUCGAGUGCUAUGGAGUCAAUGACAUUUGCCCUAUCAGCCGAUUGUAACCCAAUGUCCGAUUCCCAUUUAGUUUGUUCGCAGUCAAAAAUACUACAUAAAGGGUCUAAAGACAACCACAAUAAGUUAAUUUGUCAGAAUGUGACCAGUUCACAAAUGACCUCAAAUCUAAAUUAUUUUACUGACCAAAAUUGUUUCCAGACCUUCGAGACUGAGGCUAUUUCAAUUGAAAAUACAAGACUCAAGGUAACUGGUUUGAGCUUUGUAGCUUUUUCUGGUCACGCCCCAUUUUGCAGUGCAAUAAUCGUCGAGGAUGGAUUAUAUAUUUCUAUGACAAGUUUAAAAUUUCAUCAGCUUGUCAAUAGUUUGAAAAAUGGUUACGAUUUAUCAAUUCCUAUACGAUCAAGUAGUAACAUCCAACCAUCUACAAUAGUAGAACAUAUCAAUGGUGAUUUUGGAGACGAUAUUUCGAAUCGCGAUCUAUUUAACGGAAAUGUUGCCUCAUCAGUUCACGUAAAGUGGUUUAAAGUGUUUGAUUCAUUUUUAUCAAGUGCUUCAUUUAGUACUACCGUCACUCCAUGUUGCACUAAUUCUGCCGGCAUAUGGGACUUGGAACCUAUUACUACAUUCUUAGUGCCAGUUCAUUACCAACUAUGGCACUGGAUACAUCUGAAUGAAAGUAUUAUUCCAAGCAGUGAAAGUCAAUUAAGUUCUUUAUCGACUACCAAAUCAAGUGAUCCACCGUCUUUACGAUUGGCAUGGAUUCGAUUUCAUGUGUUAAACGUUGAUCAAUUGGAAUUUAUUAGUACAUCCUCAAGUAAAACAAUAACUUUUGGGCAUUUUGCUAAUGAAGUAGCUGAAUGUGUAAUCAAGGUCAGUUUAAUCCAAAAAAAUUUCAAAACUUUUUUAAGUAAACUGCUUUUCUAUCCAUUCACUAAAACUUGUUUUAGUGUGCGUUUUUAUCUAAGCCAGCUUCAAUGCAAUAUGAUCUGCAUUCCAAGUUUAGAAAUAUACUGGUGAAACUCAAUCGUUUAAAAGCCUCUUGAGGUUCACUCUAGUUUAACACAUACAGAAGCGUCAGUUGUGGAGGAGAUGAAUGCAGUGGAUUGGCCCCAGUUAUCCUCGUGCUAGGUUAUUUCAGACCGAGACUAAUUUAUGAACGACGUUUGAGAGAUACAAAAGUAACCUUGAGACACCUCAGUGAGUCAUUAGGGUUAUGAAUUAGUAUGAUGAAUCAUGAUUAAAAGUUAGGAUAACAAAUAUCAUAGCUAGGUUUUUCAUUAUGAUCUCAUAUCAGAUAAAAUGACAGAAUGCUACUUAUCAGACAGGACAUAUGCUCGUGGAUUUGUAGCACAUGCAUUAUACAAUGUGCAGUAUAUAUGCUGCACCAAGCACUAUCCCGUUCAAUUAAUGGGUGAUCACUGGCAGUAGUGCAGCGACUUAGUGAGAGUAAAUUAUGUAUUAUCGUUACGGAAAAAUGUUACGUUUACAUACUAGGAAUUGAGUUGCAGCUGUGAAGAAAGGUUAAAGCACUGUUGGGUUUUCGUCACAGUUAUAUCAGCUAUCAUUGAAAAACGCCAACGUUAGAUAACCGUAUUUAAGCAAGGGUUGUGUUAGGAUUACGAAUGAGGUCUAACGUAUUCAAUAAAUGGCUAGGUACGCACGAGAGUGGAAAGAGCCUGCUAUCCCUCUCUAAUUGCUCUCACAUGACUACGGGUAUAUAGCCACUGCCAGAGAAGUCCUACUCACUACCUUCUCGUAGUGGAGGGUUUACGAAAUUUGAGGGGACGGAAAGCGAACGUCCGGCGCUUGAACCGGGUUGGUGGGUACGGAGGACCCACCUAGGGGAGUUAGAAAUCCCUGAUUCCAAACCAAAGGUGGACAUGGACUCCAAGAUCAUGAGGGAACAACUGGCGUAUGAACCCAUUCUUGAUCACCAGAUACCAUGGGACGGCAUCUGCUAACAUUGCUACGCUGUCUUUUGGAUUAGACCUCUAGGUCAAAAGUUCGGCGAGAGGUCUCUUGAGAAAACCAUAUGCUUCGGUUUGGGUGCCUGGAGAGUAUCCCGACCCUCACAU